AUGGUGCCCAGACGGCCGCAUCUCGAACUGUUCAACCCAGCCCUCCCUCCGACUGGCCACGGCAGCUUCACCGUAUUCCCGCAACUGCCUGCAGAGAUCCGCCUUUUGAUUUGGAAGCACGCCCUCCAGCGUCAUCGUAUGGUACAUGUCAUCCUCGAGAAGCAAGUAAAGAAGGGCAACGGAAACGAGGCGAAGACUGCUGAACGAUACUCCCUCCUCAAUGGCCUAGAUCGACCUAUAAGUGGGAACCAUUACAACGUCGUUGUCGUGACACGACAUGCUUUGCUUCCGGAGAAUAUCAUGGUGGUGAACAAGGAGGCACGAGAAACCGUACUGGCCUUCUACGCCGUGCGAAUCCCCUGCCACCUUAAGCCCAGCGUUGAAACCAAAUCCAAGGUUCGGCCUAAAAGAUCCAUCCUGCGCCUGAACAUGGACUGGGACUACGUCAGGGUCUCAGCCGAGAACGCACCCCUUCUCUUCUUCGACUUCCUCCACGACCUCCGCGCCUACGACCCACAGGGCAGCGGCCUCCGGCACCUGGUUAUUGAAGACAACUACUUCCGUAUCGCCGAGAUGGCAUCUCCUAUGUCCGCCAACCUCGACACCCGCGCUCUCGCUGCGUUCAGAGCCACGCUCACAAAGCUUAAGACCAUUUGGUUCAAGAACACGCCCCCCUACGGCCGCACUCUUGACGUGCUGACCUGGAUGCGCGUCAACGUCUUCAACUACGGCUUCCCCGUGUUUCCAACCUUCACCUUCUUCGACCCACCUCUCCCGGACCCCCGGGACGUCUCCCGCGACCUGCAGAAAAUCGGGGGCAGCGUUUGUGACUGGCGUGAGAGGCCUCUCGGAUGGAGGAUGAUGCUGCGUAAGCUCGGCAUACGUCCCGAAGACGUCGAGGGGAACCCCGACAUCGACGUGCGAAUGAUGAUCGCCAUGGACCGGGAGAAGGACAUCCGCACCCGCGGAGAUGCCGCACGGGUGCUACAUGAGGAGGACUUCAACUGGCUGCGGCUACAAUGGUGGUUCCGAGGGUGGGAUUUCCCGCAGCCCGGAGGCGGAGGAGAUCGGCCGGCCGGGUGCUUCGCGACGGCGUCCGGGUUGCGGCCUACCUUGCCUGAUCUCGAUGGGCCCGAGGUUCUCGCUGCGGCGCCGCGGCCGGCGCUUGGGUUCUGGUUGUUCCCCGUUGAGGCGUUUGGGGAGAUUUCCGAGGACAAGCAUGCGAGUUUGUGGACCAGGCCGAAGGGCAUCUUCGAUUUGAGUUCGCAUUGGCCCGACCUGGCGAUGGUGGAUGUGCCGCGAGCUGCGAAAUAG